AUGGUUAGACACAUAUGGCGUGACUGCUACAUUUGUAUGUAUGGACAUGUACAUCCUUCUGGGUUGCACUUGCACACAGGUUGCAUCCCCAUGGAAGAUUUUGUGAGACGUGAAAUUGAAAUGUGUUGCUUGUCUAUGGAUGUGAAGACUAUAGUGUCAGUGGAGCUGCUAUGUUCAAAAUGCAGGCAGAAGGUAAUGAAAUUAAUUGCAACCAUAGAAGACAUAACUUCGAUCGUCCUUGAUCCUGCCAAGAACACAGUGACAGUGAUCGGUGAAGCUGAUCCAGUGAAAAUCAUUAACAAGGUGAGGAAAUUUCGAAAGUCUGCAACAAUUGUGAGCAUAGGGCCUCCUAAGGAAGAGAAGAAGGACGAUAAAGAUUCAUUGAAGAGAGAACUUGUUGUGCCUUGUGUUCCAAGGACUUGUCAGCGAUGCGAUGUUUGGUACGUGGUUGGUGAUGAUCUUUAUACUUACUGUUCUGUAAUGUAA